AUGGCCACCCCCAGUGUUCUCACCUUUGACGCUGAGGGCCGGGCUGUUGACUUUGAGGUCUGGGUAGAUGAUCUGCAGCUUUUCCUACAGUGCGAUAGGGCAGACGGUCUCUCUCUGUUUGACCUCACCUCUGGUGCCUCUCCUGCCCCUGCUGCUGAUACUGAUGCCACUGUUCGCUCACAGUGGGCCACGCGCGAUGCUGCUGCUCGCCUUGCUGUGCGCCGCCACUUACCGACCGCUGAGUGCGCGCAUUUUAGUCAGUACAAGAGUGCUAAGACCUUGUACGACGCUGUCGUUGCACGCUACUCUUCCCCUGCCACUGCUGCCCUUAGCCGCCUCAUACUGCCGUACCUCUUCCCUGACCUCGUCGCUUUUCCCACAGUCGCUGACCUCAUUACGCACCUUCGCACUAGUGACAUUCGCUACCGCGCUGCGCUUCCUGCUGAGUUCUGCGCCAAGAACCCCCCCCCUAUGUACAUCACCCUCUACUACAUAGUCACCCGGCUCCCUGACACCCUUCGCUCGGUCAGGGACCACUUCCUCUCUGUUUGCCCCACCACCCUCACCGUUGACCUCCUCGAGGAGCGCCUCCUAGCAGCAGAAAAGAGUAUAGUCGCUGUAGGAGCCUCUCGUGGUGACCCUCGUACCCCUGUCUUUGAGGGGUGCUCCCCCUCCCCCCUCUUGCCCUCUGUUGCCUCUGCUGCUGCGGCCGACCUCGUUGGUCUUGAGUCGGUCGGCGCGGCGUCUGCCCCUAGCGGGAGACGCCGCCCAGGCAAGGGCAAGGGGGGCAAGGGCGCUGGAGGGGCUGGCGGGGGCGGUGGAGGCGGCGGUGGAGGCGGUGGAGGGGGUGGGGGUGGCGGUGGGGGUGGUGGCGGGAGUGGGGGCGCUAGUGGCGGCAGUGGAGGCGGAGGAGGCGGCGGUGGUGGCGGUGCGAGCGGAGGUGGUGGAGGUAGCGGCGGCGGAGGUGGAGCUGGUCGGGGCGGCUCUUCGCAGAGGGUCGGCUCCGGUGGUGGCGACCGCGCGGGUGAGCAGUGUGGGGGUCCGCACUCCACCCAGCGCUGCUUCGGCCGCCUGACGGACGCUUGGCGUCAUCAGUUCCCCGACGCUACUGAGAUCCCUCGCUGGGGCGAGCUGUUUAGGGCGGGUGUUGCGAUCUUUGAUCUUGAUUAUGAUGCUAUUCUUGCUGCAAUGUAUGCUGUGACUAUUAGUGAUGAGGGUGACUGUUACCGGUGUUUUCCGCCUGACCCGGGCAUUGAGACUGCUGCUCUAGGUGCUGGUGAGGCUGCUGCUCUAGGUGCUAGUGCGUCUACUGCUCCAGGUGCUGGUGAGUCUGCUGCCCCAGGUGCUGGUGAGUCUGCGCUCUCAGGUACCGCGUCGGCUCCGGCCACCCACACCUUCACCCUUGACUCGGGUGCUUCCCGCUCCUUCUUUCGAGACCGCACCACGCUUACGCCGCUUAGUCGGCCAGUGGCAGUCUCCCUGACAGACCCCUCUGGGGGUCCUGUCCUUGCCCACAUCUCCACUGUUCUACCGUGUCCGGCGGCCCCUUCUGGCACCUUGUCGGGUCUUUACCUCCCCUCGUUCUCUACGAACUUGGUGAGUGGUGCUGACCUCCAGGAUGGAGGGGUUCACCAGUUCACUCCUGCGAGUCAGCGAGUGACCCACUGUACCUGUGCUCGGACGAGCCGUCACUUGGCCACGUUUACCCGUCAGCCGGGGUCGAGCCUGUACACACUGACUACUGAGUCUCCUCCAGUCGCUGAGUUUGCUCAGGUAGCCGCGUCGGGUCAGGUGUGUGCUGUGGCGUCCAGGUCUGGUCCUGAGUCUGCCCCCUGCUCGUGUCGUCUCCUGUCUCACCAGACUCUCCUCUGGCACCACCGCCUUGGUCACCCCUCCCUGCCUCGUCUUCGAGGCAUGGCCUCCCGUGUCCUUGACUCUGGUCUCCCCCGGUCCCUCCCUCCCCUUCCUCCGGGGCCUGCCCCCACCUGCGUUCCCUGCGCCGAGGGACGGCAGCGCGCUACUCCUCACUCCUCCGAGUUUCCUCCGACAGAGGCUCCGCUGCAGACGCUUCACAUGGACGUGUGGGGCCCAGCACGAGUCCGUGGACAGGGUCACGAGCGUUACUUCCUGCUGGUGGUUGACGACUACUCGCGUUACACCGCAGUCUUCCCCGUGCACAGCAAGGGUGAGGUCACUGAGGUGUUGAUCGCCUGGAUCCGUGCAGCUCGUCUCCAGCUCAGAGAGAGUUUCGGCUCGGACUUUCCUGUUCUGCGUCUGCACUCUGACAGAGGCGGAGAGUUCUCCUCUGACCUUCAGCGAGCCUUCUGUCGUGCACGAGGCAUCCGCCAGACCUUCACGCUUCCGGACUCUCCGCAGCAAAAUGGGAUUGCUGAGCGCCGCAUUGGCAUGGUCAUGGACGUCGCUCGUACGUCCAUGGUCCAUGCGGCUGCCCCCCAUUUUCUGUGGCCGUUUGCGGUUCGGUACGCGGCGCAUCAGAUCAACCUUCAGCCCCGGGUCUCCAUGCCGGAGACCUCCCCUGCUUUGCUGUGGACAGGGAAGGUUGGCGAUGCGUCUGCGUUCCGUGUCUGGGGAUCUCGGGCGUUUGUCCGCGACUUGUCUGCGGACAAGCUGUCCCCUCGUGCUGUUCCCUGCGUCUUCCUUGGCUUCCCCCCUGACGCGCCGGGCUGGCACUUCUACCACCCCACCUCGCGCCGUGUUCUCUCCUCCCAGGACGUCACGUUUGACGAGUCGGUUCCCUACUACCACCCCCUCCCCCCUCAGGGUCCUGCCCCCUCAGGUGUGUCUCAGGUAGACGCAGUCGACCCUGUCGAGGUAGCUGUUGACUCUGGUGCUACUAGGGGUGCUGAGCCUGCGGGUUAUGGGUCUGGGGGUGCUGACUCUGGGGGUGCUGAGCCUGGGGGUGCUGACUCUGGGGGUGCUGCGCCUGGGGGUGCUGAGCCUGGGGGUGCUACGCCUGGGGGUACUGCGCCUGGGGGUGCUGAGCCUGAGGGUGCUGCGUCUGGGGGUGCGGAGUCUGAGGGUACUGGACCUGCUCGUGUGGCGUCUGGCGGUACUGGGCCUGGAGCUGGAGGUGCUGCGGGUGCUGGGGGUUCUGCUGCUGCUAAGGGUGCUGGUGCCGCGGGUCCCGGAGGUGCUCGUACUGGGAAUACUGGAGCUGCUGGGCCUGCGGGUGCUUCUCGUACUAGAGCUGGUGGUGCUGCGGACGUCGGUGCUACCGAGGGUGCUGGAGCUGGACCCGCUGCGUCUUCUGGUGGUCCGGCUGGAGCUGGAGCUGCUGGGGGUGUUGGCGCUGAGGGUGCCUCUCGUGCUGGUGCCUCUGAGGGUACUGGAGUUGGCGCUGCUGGAGCUGGGGGUGCUGCUGGCGCUGGUGCUGUCGUUCGGGGUGCUGGUGCUGUCCCUUCUGGUGCUGGUGGUGCUGAGCGGCCGCGGCCGUACUUCGUUCCGCUCCUUGAGCAGUUACAGCCUACCUCUCCUCUGCCUGCUCCUUCGCCCUACACUGGUCCUACUGGAGGUCUUGCUGAGCGUCGUGAGCCUGCGUCUCGUCCUGCGUCGCCUGUCCGUGCUGCUCGCACUAGUAGUCGUGGUUCGCGUCAGCGUCCUCCCCCUGUCCCCGGCACGCACCGGAUGUCUCUGCGUCCCUCCACUGCUCCGUUGCGUGCCCCUUUGCCUUCUCCUCCUGAGUCCUCUCUUCCUGUUCUUGCUGACCCGGAGUCGGACUCCCUUCGUGCUGCCAGUCCUACUGUCACGCGUCUCCUUGCUACUGUCGUCACUGACCCUUCCUUUGAGUCCGCUGCUGCGUCAACCUUAGUUUCUGAGCUUGUCGACUUCACUACUCGCUGUCGCCUAGACUACGCUACUAGUCUUGUCGCUGAGUCUGAGUCUGUCUGUCCUCCGUCCGUCGGGGGUGAGUGUGCCCUUGGCACGGACAUCCUUGAGGACAGGCAGGAGGAGUUCCAGUGCUUUGCUGCUGCUUCACCUCAUCUCGUGUCCAUGCUGCUUGCCCCUGAGGGAGACCCGGAUGCACCAGACAUCCCGACUCCGCGCUCUUACGCGGAGGCGAUAGAGGGUCCCUACUCCUCUCAGCGGCAGGCAGCCAUGGAUGCAGAGAUGGCUUCCUGGAAGUCCACAGGCACCUACGUCGACGAGGUUCCCCCUCCUGGGGCGAACAUCGUCAGUGGCAUGUGGAUUUUCAGGGUGAAGCGGCCGCCGGGUUCUCCGCCUAUCUUCAAGGCACGCUACGUGGCUCGUGGCUUCAGUCAGCGGCAGGGAGUUGACUACUUUCAGACCUUCUCUCCCACCCCGAAGAUGACCACUCUUCGGGUACUGCUGCACAUAGCCGCUCACCGGGACUACGAGCUUCACUCUCUUGACUUCAGCACUGCUUUCUUGCAGGGCAGCCUGCACGAGGAGAUCUGGCUGCGCCGCCCACCUGGCUUCACUGGGUCUUUUCCUCCUGGUACCCAGUGGAGCCUCCGGCGGCCAGUCUACGGUCUCCGCCAGGCACCUCGUGAGUGGCACGACACACUGAGGACUACACUUGCGGCUCUUGGGUUUGCUCCUUCUACUGCCGACCCGUCGCUGUUUCUGCGCACCGACACUUCUUUGCCGCCGUUCUACAUCCUCGUGUACGUCGACGACUUGGUCUUUGCCACAACUGACAAUGCUGGAUUCGCCCACGUGAAGUCCGAGCUGCAGAAGAGACACACGUGCACAGACCUGGGUGAACUGCGUAGCUACCUUGGCUUGCAGAUCACCCGGGACAGAGCACAGCACACCAUUACCCUGACUCAGUCACACAUGGUGCAGCAGGUCCUUCAGCGCUUCGACUUCACGUACUCCUCGCCUCAGGCCACUCCUCUGUCUACUCGCCACUCGCUCUCAGCUCUGCCUUCGGAUGAGUCCGUAGAGUCGAGUGGCCCGUACCCAGAGCUUGUUGGCUGCCUCAUGUACCUGAUGACCUGCACUCGACCUGACCUUGCAUACCCUCUUAGCAUUCUGGCACGCUAUGUUGCUCCUGGGAGACACAGACCAGAGCACAUGGCUGCAGCAAAGAGGGUGUUGCGCUACUUGUGCAGUACGUCGGGCAUGGGGCUUGUGCUUGGAGGGCGGAGUCCAGUGGUCCUCACUGGUCACGCAGACGCUUCUUGGGCUGACGACCAGGCUACGCAGCGGUCGUCACAGGGUUACACCUUCAGCCUUGGUUCCGACUCUGUUUCGUGGCGGUCUACCCGCUCGUCUUCUGUUCUCGGCUCUAGUUGUGAGGCUGAGAUCUACGCAGGGGCCAUGGCUGCACAGGAGCUACGCUGGCUCACCUACCUGCUGACUGACCUAGGAGAGCCGCCUCGUUCUCCUCCAGUUCUGUACGUAGACAACAAGGGCUAUGCUGGCCUUGUGUCGGGAGCACAGACUGGAGCACAGAACGAAGCACAUCGCUCUUCGCUACUUCCUUUCUAG